AUGAUUAUUCCUGUCCGCUGUUUUUCGUGCGGGAAGGUCAUCGGAGACAAGUGGAAUGCCUACCUCGAGCUUUUGUCUAAGGACGUCAGUGAAGGUGAUGCUUUAGACCAGCUUCAACUCAAACGUUACUGCUGUCGGCGCAUGGUGCUCACGCACGUAGAUCUCAUCGAAAAACUGCUGCAUUAUAACCCGUACGAGAGGUCAAGAGACAAGCCAAACUUCACCUGA